AUGAAAAUACGACAACAAUACAACACUUACUCCAACCUCCAAUACAAACAACAAAGUCGAAAACCAUCUAAUAGAGCUCUAAAGCUUUUACAUGAAGCCCUAAGCCUUGACCACCGGAUUGACCAAUGGUGUCUCUAUGGCAAAGUGGGUAUGAAAGAAAUGAAAGUGAAGAGCAUCAUGAUUAUAGUUGAAACCGAGUGGAAUAAAAAGGCUAUCAAAAACCUCACAACUAUAGGAUUUGGUGCCAAGUUGCUUACGAUCCAUCUUCAACAACUCUUGAAGACGAGAUCAGAAACCAUUGAAACCGUCGCAGUUGAUAUCGCAAGCAAACCGUUAGAGGUGAAGCAAAAGCUAGUAAGUGCAGUUCGCGACAACCAAGUGGUUCGAUCCAUCUGCGGCUGCGACCGAUCAGUAGUGAAAGAACAGGCUUCUGUUCACGAAUCUCCUGCUGCAGCUAUGACUUUGGAGGGUCUUAUCGCUGAAGAUACAUUCCCCCAAUCUGAAGAUCGUGAUAUGGGUAUUAGCGGUGAAAAUGGCUCUAUUGCUGCUAUAAAGAAUGAAUCGUCAUCACUUGUAUUGGAGAACCACUCCGAUGUUUCUGAAGAAGAAGGGUGGAUUACUAUCCCAUUUGUGUUCUUUGUCAAAGGAGAUGAUGAUGGGUAUGCUAUUUGUUAUUUAGGGCUUCUAAGUUUCCAUCAACAACCUCCGGCUAGUGUCGGGGUUGGAAUCACCAUCAGGAAGGUUAUAUCAGUUAACCCUGAUCCAACCCACCCCUUGGGACCUCUUCUUUGUUGCCCACAGCUUAUCACUGAUAAAGAGUUUGUGCCAUACUUCCCAGGCCACCAGGCAGUUAGAAUAAGGGAACUUCCUGAUGACUGGAAGAAUGCACCAGAUAUACAUUCAUUACGCUCCCUGGAUAGGUCAUUUGUUUUUCCUGGUGAACAAGUUCAUAUUCUGGCAUGUUUAUCAGCAUACAAGCAGGAUACAGAAAUUAUUACUCCAUUUAAAGUUGCUGCAGUGAUGUCAAAAAAUGGAAUAGGGCAAAGCCCUGAGAAACAAAAUGGAAAUCUGAAAGAUGGAGAUAGUUUGGUAUCUGGACAAGGGGAAGUGAGUUCUGAUAGUCAAGUAAUAGGCCUUCAUGGCAAUGGUGCAUCAAAACAGAAGACUGAUCCACAUAGGGAUAUUUCUGCUAGUGAAUCCUUUCUCAGAAUGGAGGAUUACAAAAGGCAAACUGAAAUGUUAUUGCAAAGAUUUAAGAACUCUCAUUUUUUUGUUAGGAUUGCAGAGUCGGGCGAACCUCUUUGGUCAAGAAAAACCGUGAUUGAUCCAGAAUACUCUGAGAUGGAUAGUCAAAACAAACCACAAAGAACCAAGAAACCGGCAGACAACACAUUCCAGCUUAGUGCUCUUAUUGAUAGAGGAAAUUUUGAUGCCAGUGUCUCUGGUGGUGCGGCGAGAAAUGGUGUUAGCUGUUGCUCUCUUUCUAAUGGAGAUAUAGUGGUGCUUUUACAAGUUAAUGUUGGUGUUAAUUUUUUCACAGACCCAAUCAUUGAGAUUCUUCAAUUUGAGAAACAUCAGGAGAGAAAUCGAUUUCCUGAGAACCAGGACAACUUAAAUUACAGUAAUUAUGACCCAUGUGGAGAACUAUUAAAAUGGUUGCUUCCUGUGGAUAACACCUUAUCUUCUCCCGCUCGCUCUUUAUCUCCUCCUCAGUUGAGUUCCAAUUCAGGAUUGGGUGGUGCAUCACAGAAGUCUUCCUCUUCUGGUUCUCAGCUCUUCUCUCAUUUUAGAAGUUACUCAAUGUCAUCGCUGCCUCAAAAUUCUGCUCCACCUCCGCAACCUGUUAAAGCUCAAAGCUCCAAGCCCAACUUUGACCUUGAAGAUUGGGAUCAGUACUCAUCUCAGAAGUUAUGGAAAAGUCAAAAACCUGGGGGUGAAGAACUUUUAUCUUUCCGAGGUGUGUCAUUAGAGAGAGAGAGGUUUUCUGUUCGCUGUGGGCUGGAAGGCAUCUACAUUCCAGGAAGAAGAUGGUCGAGGAAACUUGAAAUUAUUCAACCUGUAGAAAUCCAUUCUUUUGCUGCUGACUGCAAUACAGAUGACCUUCUUUGUGUUCAGAUAAAGAACAUUUCUCCAGCACACACACCAGAUAUUGUGGUAUACAUAGAUACUAUAACUAUUGUUUUCGAGGAAGCUUCGAAGAGCGGACUUCCUUCAUCAUUACCAAUUGCAUGUAUUGAAGCUGGAAAUGACCACAGUUUGCCAAAUCUAGCCCUCAGGAGAGGUGAGGAGCACUCAUUCAUUCUCAAACCAACAUCUUUUGUGAAGGAUUCCAAGUUUCACAGAGAAAGACUAUCCCCAUCAUCAAGUCUGCAUCUUGUACAAAAUACCGUGGAAGGCAGGACUGCGUUGAAUGCUGAUCAGUAUGCAAUUAUUGUAUCUUGUCACUGUAACUAUACUGAGUCAAGGCUGUUUUUUAAGCAGCCAACUAGUUGGCGACCGCGUAACUCAAGGGAUCUCUUGAUCUCUGUUGCAUCUGAAAUGUCAGGACAAUCUUCUGGACCCAAUGAGAGAGUCUCUCAGCUUCCAGUUCAGGUUUUAGCAUUACAGGCUUCAAAUUUGACAUCUGAAGAUCUAACUCUGACGGUUCUGGCUCCUGCCUCAUUUACUUCACCUCCAUCAGUGGGGUCCUUGAGUUCUUCACCCACAACACCAGUGAGCUCAUUUGUUGGUUUGUCUGAGUCUACAGGUAUAAUAACUGGUGAGAAAUAUGGCUCUGCAGUGCAGGCACUGACGUCUGUGACUACCACAUCAGAAAUUAUCGAACAGUCUUCUCCCAUAUCUGAUGCUAUUUCGAGUACAGGCUUGGGUUGUACUCAUCUGUGGCUGCAGAGUAGAGUUCCAUUAGGAUGUGUUCCUGCUCAAUCUACGGCUACCAUCAAGCUUGAGCUACUUCCCUUGACUGAUGGGAUAAUUUCCCUGGACACUUUACAGAUAGAUGUUAAGGAGAAAGGUCUAACCUAUAUUCCUGAACACUCUCUGAAGAUAAAUGCAACUUCCAGCAUUUCCACAGGGAUCAUCUAG